AUGAGCUGCCAGGUCCGCGUCGCGGCGUCGGCGUCCGUGGAGUCCCGCGCGUCCGCGCGGCAACCGGUGCCAUCACCCGCGGCCGCGCCGCUGCUGCGGUGCCGCCGCGCGGUGGCGGGCGCGGUCGCCGCGACGGUCGUCGUGGCCAUGCCGGCCCUGGCGAGCCCCGAGGAGCAGUUCGCGAACAAGUGCGUCGGGUGCCACGCCAACGGAGGCAACAUCGUCGCGCGCAACGCCACCCUCCAACUGCCGGACCUGCAGCGCAACGGCCGCGACACGGUGGACGCGAUCUACGAGAUCACGUACAAGGGCAAGGGCAAGAUGCCUGGGUUCGGGGAGAACUGCGCCCCCAAGGGGCAGUGCACGUUCGGCCCCAAGCUGACGGACGGCGAGGUGCGCGACAUCGCGGAAUGGAUCCUGGGGAAGGCCGAGGCCGGCUGGCCGUGA